GGUCCGUUGGAGAUAUUUUAGCUCUAAUUAUACCAUACCUACUACUGUAAGGCGUUUCUUUACCUAGAAAUAGCCUUUGGCUUAAAGGAGAGUUAACUUGCCUAGGGUAACAUACAGUAGCUUACUGAGAAUGGUGUAAGGACUUCACUGCCGAACAGGACAAGACGGGCAUGACAAUUUUCCAAGACAGGUAAUAGAUAAGACUGAACUGAACGAUUUUCCUAGAAAGUCGUCAGUUUUUCCAUUUCGAUAGCUCAGAACCGAGAGCUCGCUAGCAAGGCUAGAUAGAUGCAAACUAUUAUUCCCUCGUCCCUGUCAUUGGAUGUGAAAAAGGCACAUCUAACCUGGAUAUGGGAGGAUAGUCGAUGGCGUGCUUUCUCCACAAUUCCCCCCAAACGUGACGGUUCACACUCUCUCAAGAGGUACAUGCCAAUGCCUUUGUCGGAAAGGCGUUUUGUGACGAGCAAGUAUAUAUAAGUUAGGGGUAAAGUCGAGUAACACUUCUCUUCUGUAGCAACCCUUGCGGCCUAUAACCUCGAAUCUCUGCCGGCUUUGGCUCGCGUACUCUGUGAUAUCUGGCCCUACAUAUCCCCCCCUCCACCCCUCAUUUAUAUUAUCGCAGCUUUACGUGCUCAUAUACCUGUGAAAAGAGUUAUCAUAAUAAACCGUGGUUAUAAUGGCAGAAGAAAUAGCCAAACACUUUGAGACUCUUCAGCUCCAUGCGGGCCAUGAACCCGACUCGGCAACGAAUGCUCGCGCAGUCCCAAUCUACGCUACAACUAGCUUCACUUUCAAUGACUCGGCGCAUGGUGCUAGGCUGUUUAGCCUCAAGGAGUUUGGAAACAUUUACAGCCGUAUUAUGAACCCAACUGUGGAUGUUUUCGAGAAGCGAAUUGCUGCCCUGGAGGGAGGCGUGGCUGCGAUCGCAGCUUCGUCUGGUCAGUCAGCUCAGUUUAUGACAUUCGCUGCUCUUGCGCAAGCCGGUGACAACAUCGUCUCAACUACCAAUCUUUACGGUGGCACAUACAACCAGCUCAAAGUUUUCCUACCUCGGCUUGGGAUAAACACCAAAUUCGUUACUGGUGACGAUCCCAAGGAAAUCGCCGCAGCUAUCGACGAUAAGACCAAGGCUGUAUACAUUGAGAGUAUCGGGAACCCUCGCUACAAUGUACCAGAUUUCGAAGCCAUUGCCAAGGUUGCGCACGAGAAGGGCGUCCCCCUUGUGGUGGACAAUACUUUUGGAGCAGGAGGCUACUUCAUCAGGCCCAUCGAUCACGGUGCGGACAUAGUCGUCCACUCGGCGACCAAAUGGAUUGGUGGCCACGGGACGACAAUCGGCGGUGUCAUCGUUGAUAGUGGCAAAUUCGACUGGGGUAAGAACGGAGCUCGAUUCCCUCAGAUGGUUGAGCCGUCAGAUGGGUACCAUGGACUUAAAUUCUGGGAAACUUUUGGGCCUAUUACCUUUGCUAUUCGUGCAAGAGUCGAGAUUCUGCGUGAUCUUGGAUCCUGCUUGAAUCCUUUUGCUGCGCAACAGCUCAUCAUCGGCAUCGAGACGCUGAGCCUGAGAGCUGAAAGACACGCACAGAAUGCACUUGCACUCGCCAAGUACCUCGAGUCUAGCCCCUAUGUAAGCUGGGUGUCGUACCUCGGAUUGCCAAAUCACGCGAGCCACGAAAUAGCCAAGAAGUAUAUGAAGAGAGGGUUUGGCGGUGUUCUCAACUUCGGAGUCAAAGGCGGCGGUACUGCUGGUAGCCAGAUCGUGGACUCAUUCAAACUGAUCUCCAAUCUGGUCAACGUAGGCGACUCGAAGACGUUGGCUGUGCACCCCUGGACGACAACGCACGAGCAACUAUCGGACGAGGAGAAGAUCAAGUCUGGCACAACCGAAGAUCUCAUCCGUAUCUCUGUUGGCACAGAACACAUCGACGACAUUAUUGCUGACUUUGAGCAAGCAUUUAAGAAGGCUGCUGCAGCGACUACGAAGGGAGAGGAGGGCGCCCCUGAGAGUGUAGCCAAGACAGAAGAAGCACCGACAGUGGCUUAGGAGCCCGUUAAUGGGUGUUGAAGCACUGGAGGAGGAUUAUACCCAUACACCAAAGAUACUAAGAUAAUUGAAAGCAAUUUAUUUUCUUGAAAUUGCAGAGUGAAUGUACUAUAGUAACUUGAAUGUGUCGAAGUUUUUUUUAUGAAUAGGAAGUUUAUUAUGUA